AUGCGCUUUCCACUACAGCAUCAAGGAAGUCGCGGUCGCAUCCGCCAAACAAAUUCCGCGGAGCGAAUGCACGCUUCAACAUAUCUCAUGGAAAAUAUUCCAAAGAUUAGCGAGUCUCUGUCAUUGUCUUUUCGAUUGAUUUUCCAGGUUUGGGACAUUGGUGGGCAAAGCAUCGCUGGCGAGAUGAUUGACAAAUACAUCUAUGGAUCACAUGCAGCUUUAAUCGUAUAUGAUGUCACUAAUAUGGGCUCUUUUGACAAUUCUCAGGAUUGGCUAAAUGUAAUUCGCCGAGUAACAAAAAGUCAGGAAAAGCCUCCACAAAUUGUAUUGGUCGGCAACAAAGUGGACGAAGAACGUCUUCGAAAGGUGUCAGUUGAUGCGCAUUGCGAAUUCGCGAAGCAGCACGAUCUGAAAGCGUUUUAUGUGUCGGCGAAAACAGGCGAUUCAGUUGCCAUGAUGUUCAGGUACGACAUUCUCUAA